UGGUCAAAGCAUGAAGCCAACAUCUUCCACUCGAAGGGCAGUGCUUCAGGAUUCAGAGGGCCCUUUGGAGGAACAUGAUGAUAGGGAUGUUCCAUCACUUUUUGAUCCGACGGCACUGACACAGGAUGACGAUGAUACAAUCCCCCCCACACAAGCAGAUGACGAGACACUUCCGCCGACGCAGGACAUGGAGACUGCAGAGAGUGAUAUGCCACUCUUGGAUGAAGGGCCAGGCUCCGACCCCACUCUGAUGACAGGAACAGAGGCGGGCAAUAUGGCACCAUUGGACGAGAUGACAUCGCACGACGCUGGUUCGUCAAAGAAAAAGCAGGGGAGAGGGGCGGCACGAAUGCCGCGUGGAUGGGGAAAAGAUCACAGGAUGCUUGUAUUCACAUCGCCGGAUGGUAAAAGCAUCGUCGGACCCGACGUAAACGAGUACAAGACAGCCAUUGGGGUCAUUGCACGCAACGGAGCUCGACUUCCUCUACAUUACCCCACGUUCGCUGAGAUACCGGAGACGAAGAGACAGGGUGCAUGGAUGGAGGUUCAGAGUAACAGCGGAUUACCAGACUCAGCGGAGAAAGUGGUCUUGGCUGACCUAAGGGAAGUUUGGAGGCACUGGAAAUACAGCAUCAAAUCAACUUACUUCAAUCCGAUCGAGGACGAUGAAGAAGCACUGAAGAAGGUUCCCUCAAGCAGGAUUGUGCCCGAUCAGUGGCCGAAGUUGGUUGAGUAUUGGCGCGACGAGAAGGUGAAGCUUCAAUCCAAGAAAAAUGCGUCGAACGUAGCGAAAAGAAGCUUUCCACAUCGUACUGGGCGGAAGUCAUUCACGACUCUGGCAGAGGAGAUCAAGGCAAAGGGGAAGGACCCCGACAAUCUGGAGAUUUGGAUUUCCAGUCGCACACAAGGCAAGGGAAAGGAUGACCAAGAAACCGAGGAGAUAUUGAAUGAGCUAAACAAGGUUCCCCCUGAAGGGCGGACUCCCUCUGUUCGGGAGACUCUGUACCGACGGGCCCUUGGGGGAAAGAUUAAGAAGCGGUCAAAGGUCGACAGUGCGGCAACUUCAGCUCAUCCCCGCAGCGAGUCAUCUGGUUUAACAGACAGUGUAGCAUUCCAGCAUGGGUGGGAACAACUACAGAAUGGAAUGGAGGAGCUGAAGGCAAUGAUGGAUGAGUUCAAAACCAUCAAGGCUGAUGUGUAUGCAUUCAUGCACAGAAACUCCGGAGCGGUUACUGGCCAGGCAGGCACAUCUCGUAUUGAUUCAGUCCCUGAGAUUCCCAGGCCUGUGUCCGAGCCAAGCAUGACGGUCGGCACACAUGUGCUUCUAUUAUCCCGCACCGGUGAGAAAAAAGUUGUUGCAGAGGGACUUCUGCUCUGCCCCCCUGGGCCAGGUGACACACUUUCCUUGGUCAAGGUCUUCGUGACAUCCGCGUCAGUCCCGGACACACCCCUUAUUUUGCCGACCAUUUCUGGGGCGACUACCCUUCGCGAUGUCGUUGGCGAAGAUCCUAUUGAGUGGAGCUACAACGACCUCAUGCGCCGGGCUUGAAAUGUUGGUACCGAUACACCCAUGUUAAUUGCCCCGUUUGUCAUAUGGAUUGAAUGUCGAACCUGUCUUUGGAUGGAUUGUGUUGAGUUUUUGUUGAACUAUGUCUGGAAUUGAUGCGUAGACCUUUGUGGUUUGAAUUCGUUUGGUGAAAAAUGUGCCUAAUGGGAUUGAUGGAUAACCGUAUUUGCUUAUUGCGUUGUUUACUUCUGUUUGAACUGUUAAGCACGUUUUGCGGAACAGGUUGUUGAUGUGUAGAUACUAGUAGGCUUGUUCUAUGGGUUGCUUUACUUUGUUGGUAGGUAUGGAAUUCAGAUUUUAAUAUGAAUUAAUGUUUGCGCGGGGCGUAA